CGACGACGACGACCACGACGACGACGAUGACGGCCAGCAGCGUAGUGCGAAGGCCAUCCUGCCUAUUGGAGAGGCUUUGACUUUUGCCGAGCUGCCGACCGUACACUGGCGAACCGGUGCCACGCCGCUUCUCAGUAGCCAACGAGAAUCGACCCGUUUCGGUACGGCUUGUUAGCAAACGCUGGUGCGUGGCCCUCCCCCUGUUCGUCAAAUUGAACGCCGGAACACUCUAUCCGGAGUGCGAUUUUUCCUUUCCGCUUGGGCUGGAAAUAUAUUGUUCGUUUACGCGUGUGACGUCUUACCUGCCACUGGAUGGAUAAUCGAAAGACGUGUGGCAAACUUUACACCACACACCGGUAGGUCUGUGCCAGCUUCAGUUUCUGCCACGAAAAAGCCGCCCGGAUCGAAGUAGGCGUGUGAGCCGUGUGCGAGGUAGUGCUUGUUUCUUGUGCGCCAGUGUGCUUAGAGACACCCGGCAGUGAGCAUCGCUAGUGGCUCGGACGAAAAGAAGACAAAAAAGGAACAAGAAAUCAUCCUUUCCAGCCGACGAAUGCUGGCUGAGAAAGAGGGAGGAGGGAAAUAAUCGAAAAGGUCACCGAAAACAACCAACCAAUAUAAAAACCAGCAACAACAAGAACAACAACAACAACAAAGACUCGUUCAACCCAACAGUGCUGACGCUACAGACUCGGCGUGUGAUGAUGCGCAGCGCGAGCCGCGACAAGAGACGCUAGAAACAAGAAACAAUCACCUUUUGCGGAACGGAACAAAAGGCACAAAAGCUUCCGACGGCAGCGGUAGCAGCAGCAGCAGCGAUUAAAGAAAGCAAAGCGAAUUUUCUACCCAUUUUCACAAUGGAUCCACCGAACUGGAUACGAGUGACUGCUUUGGGCCGUCCGAGAGCAUUGCCACGUUGCGGCUAGUCGGCCGUCCCCAUCCCACCGACCUACCGCUGUGUGCUACUGUGUCUUUCUCCCGGUUUCACCUACGCAUCGCUCUUUCUUUCUUUCCUCGUCUGGCCUGUCCCUAUCUUUCCGCUGGCCUCACACACCAACUGAGAAAAGAAAGGCCCUCCAAGGAAAAAAAACAAAGAUAACAAAUCAGUGGGGGAAGGGAAACAAAUUCAACGCAAACGCGGGUGAUACAAAACCCUUCACCAUUUGCAACACUGUGUGAAGCACACGACGACAGCAAACACUCCAGCUCCCACUAAAGGCCUAGGGCCGCAGACAGACGAUCGCCCAUCCCGACGGUCAACGCAACAGCAACUGGACCAAAUGUGUAGCAGCGGCGGCAACAGCAGAAGAAGCAGCAGCAGCAGCAGCAGCAGCAGUAGCAGUAGCAGCAACAACAUCCGCACAAACACCAGCCUGGAUCGGCGACGACGGCUAGCGCAGCUGACAAAAUGGUGCACCCUGUUCAUCAUUUUAGAGUCUACGAGCGUUGGAAACGGUUUGAUCACACCACCCAGCAGCAGCACCACGCCUGCCAGCACUGUAACCACCACCACCAGUAGCAGCAGCAGCAGUACAACCACCACCACGACCAUCAUCAACACUAGUGGCAGCAGCGCUGGCAGCAGUUGGUUCGAAAGUACGAGUCCCUCCAGUGCCGGCGGCGGUCCGUACACUUCGCCCUCAGCCACCGCGCUUCCUGCGUUCGAGGCGCUGCCCCGGUUCGAAGCCCUCGUGCAGGACAGCCCCAACAGCUCCCGGGGCAAAACGCUCCCGCUGGUGGGUUCGGGUGCGCUCAAGGUAACGCCAUCCCAGCCGACGCUCGAGGGAAGCAAACGUGGCCCGGCUGGCAGUAGUAAUAGUAACCGAGACGGCAGCAGCAGCAGCACCACCACCAGCGGCUAUGACUCGCCCGCUUCCCGAAGGACACCGCCGCUGUCGAAGGUGGUGGCGGCCACGGGUACACUGCUUUUCAGGGCUACCAAAUAUUUCCGACAAGAACUAUGUUUUUCGGUCACAGAAAAAAGUUCCUAUUUUUAUGUCCACCAGUGUACCACCAUCGCACCGGUUGGAAUGGCCGCUGCAGGCAGCAGUAGUUUUAGCAAAAUCUCUAGCGCCAAUCUAAUACUCGCCGAGAGCGGCGGUGCCGAGUCGGCCAAGAUUGGACCGGGCCAGAAGGUGCCGGUGGGAUUUUCGGGCAGCAGCAGCACCGCCAAGACUGCAGCGGCCGGAAAGUCGGCCGGUAGUAGACCACUGGCCGCGUCGGAGCAGGAGCCGAGCGGUAAUCGGCUCGAGGGUGGCGAACUGACCACCACACCCGAGGGUAACUUCAGCAAGAUGUACUUUGAAACCGAUAACCACACGACGAUCGCGUCCCAGGUCGGCUCGAUAGCGGUGCUGCCGUGCGCGGUGCGCAACAUCGGCGAAGGCGUGGUGUCAUGGAUAAGGCGGAAAGAUUAUCACCUGCUAACGAUCGGCUUCACCACCUACAGCAGUGACGAGCGGUUCAACAUUAUCCACUCGGAGGAUACCGAGGAAUGGCCACUGCAGAUCAAAUACGUCCAGCUGCGGGACGCCGGGCUGUACGAGUGUCAGGUUUCGACCCAUCCGCCGACGUCAAUCUUCGUCAAGCUGGACGUGGUUGAGGCAAAGGCAGAGAUUUUUGGACCGUCGGAAAAGUAUCUCAAACCGGGCUCGAUGCUCCGGUUAACGUGUCGCGUCGUGCAAAGCAACGAGCCACCGCUGUACAUAUUCUGGUAUCACAACAAUCGCAUGAUUAACUACGAUGCGCACCGGGGCGUGAACGUGUCAACGGAGGCGGACAAUCGGUACUCGGAGCUUGUCAUUUCACACACGAAUACACUCAACUCGGGGAACUAUUCGUGCGUUUCGAACAACGCUGUCGCUGCUUCUACGCUGGUGCAUAUUCUGAACGGUGAAAACCCGGCCGCCAUGCAGCACGGUGACCAUGGGAAUGCGGUCCUGGUGGCGUCACACAUUCAUCUGCCGCUGGCAGUUGUAACAUAUCAGGUCAUCAAUUUCGUCUUAAAUAUGCAUUGAGUUCACUGCACAAGGAGGCCAGCGAUGCCAACGACUAACGCGCCGUUGUACGUAGAACGGCGGAUGGGACGGAAGCUGCAAAACAAAAACAAAAACAAAACCAACACACACAGACAAACAGAAACAGGUAUGCUGUAGCAUAGUGGGAUACAAGCGAUAGUCAGACGAAACGUUGAACCUCGAGCAGAGAAAUCUGCUUCCUGUUCCUGUUCACCUGGCAAGCUCGAGAAUCCGGGAGGACAAACUAAUGACAAAAAACAAAAACAAAACAAAAAAAAACUAGACGAAUACAAAUCGAGCCAUGUUGAAUGUGCACAUUAAAACAGCUCCCCCCACUCACCGAACCCUGGUGGCUAAGGGGUUGCAGUUUUGUGUAAAGUAAUUACGAUCGACGUUUAGCUCACGGUCGAGUGAGCACAGCGUUACGGAGCGGAAACUCCGUACAUCCGCUGAGUGAUUAAUUAAGAACAGCCCAGCAUGGAACCACGCAUUGUACAUAUAGGUAAACGAAAUGGCAUAAAUCAAAUUUAACGUAGCGUUUGAUGUAACUUUGUAUGGUAUUUGUAAAAGCUAGUAAAUAAAAUAAAAUAAAAACUACAUCGGGGCUAAAACUGGCAGGCGUACCCGAUUGCCCGAUUCGUUUCCAACAUCAUUCCACAUUCCACAAACGAAACAGAGAUAAAUUUCGUUUUGUCAGUAACGCAAACUUGAAUUAAGUUGCUGGAUGUUCUGUUUGUGUCAUUUAAUUUCACUUCUAAAGCUCUUCAUUUAACAUUUAAAAUUAGUUUACCGAGGGUAAGCCAACAUGGAUGGAAUAUUUAAUAGAAAAUCACUCUUUCAAGUCAAGCAGAGCGGGACGGUACGCAUUUAAAACACUAAUUAGAGAGAGAGAGAGCGAGAGAGAGAGAGCAAAAACAAAACACUCCUUUUCCAUGCCGAAGGAGCAAUGCAAAUAAAGUACGAAACUCGUAACUAAAACGGUAAAGGGUGAGCUGGAACAGCGAGAUAGGUAGGGAACAAGAACGAUGAUUAAAAAAAACACAAAACCCCAACUGUAAAACCCAUUUGCCCGUCUUUGAUGAGCGUUGUUUGUGAAGAAUAAACGUUGAAAAUGAUAAACAAAAACUCUGUUAGCUAAGUGUAGAGUCGGUGCUGGUUGAACAAAGCAAAAAAAAAAAAAUGAAAAAAAACCCACAAGAAAACUAACAUUCAAAAGCAAACCAACAGAACUACUGAAAGCAUUCUUUCUAAAGUAAAACUACACUUUACAGACACACACACAAACACAAAGAACUACAACAAAACGCGUCGCCGAAGUGCAGAAGGUUGAUUCACUUGACGGUAGGAAGAUUGUAUAUAAAAAGAAAGGAAAAAGUUGAAGUAAAAAACGAUGCCCAGCAAAUAAGACAACACAACCGACAAAGAGAGAAAAAAAACGAGCAUGUCCAAAUACAAAUAACAGUUAAUGAUGCCACGAAGAGAAAGGAAAACUCUCCCUACCGUGGUAAUAAGGUAAUACCGUGGAAAUUCUCCAAACUGAAACCAACAACAACAAAAAAGACACAUGGAAUCAGUGAAAAGUAACGAAGCGGUGAGAACAAAGAACAAAAAAUAACGCAAGAACAACCCUAACCCUGUGAGCGAUGGAGGAAGAAAAAAGGGACAAAACCACCUUGCGCCAACCAAGCGCCACGGUUUGGCAAGCAGGCAAACUGUUUUCCCUCUUUUGCGGGUGCAAAUCGAAGCAUCCGUGUACCACUGUGAGAUAAAAGCGGUUUAAUAAAGGUAAAUAUAUUUGGAUUAA